AUGCUCUCUGAAGAGCCCAAAGCGAGCAAUGGUGCUGCUAUUGCCCAAAGGCGGGCGGAUAAUAUCGAAAGGUCGUUUCACAAAAUUGGUGAAUUCGUCAAAAAUUUCAAUUCGGAGAGAGAUUCAGGACAGGUUUUGGUGAGGUUGGCUCGGUUGGAACAACUUUUUGUCGAAUAUCGAGAAGUAAUUUUGGAGUUACAGCUUCUAUCUAAAUCAGAGGAAGACUAUGAUAACUUACUCGAUGAAAUGGAGGAGCAGUACUUCGUUUACAAAUCCAUACUAACUACAUAUUCACCAACACAAGCAGGGCUGAGCACGAUAAAAGGGAAAGAAGCAUCUUUUAACCACAUGAAAUACCCGGAUCUCAAGUUACCUGAUUAUGGCGGUAAGCUUGAAGAUUGGCAAUCUUUUCACGAUUCAUUCCAUACUGCGGUUCACUCAAGUAGUGAAUUGAACGAAAUUCAAAAAUUUCAAUAUUUGAAAGGUUGUUUGAGGGGUGAUGCCCUCCGAGUGAUUGAUUCAAUUGCAGUUUCCUCGGAAAAUUAUUCCUUAGCUUGGAAAAUUCUGAACAGUCGUUACGACAACAAGAGAAUGCUAAUAAAGUGUCACUUGAAAGCACUGUUUGACACACCCGCGAUUCGUCGGGAGUCUCCCGAGUCCUUGCUUAGUUUAGUUGAUAGCUUCGAACGCAACGUCUCAAUUCUCAAGCGUCUUGGUGAACCGGCCGAUCGUUGGAGCUCAAUUCUCGUCUAUCAUUUGAGCCUCCGAUUAGACAAUCAUACCCUACGUGAAUGGGAACAUUUCUCAUCAAGAGAUAGAGGAAACUCGGACAACGCACCGAAUGAUGGGAUGCCAUCAUAUGUCGAUAUGAUCAAAUUUUUACAAGAUCACGCCCGCGUGCUCCAAUCACUUUCUCCACAAUUCAACGUUCAUCAUCAAUCUCGAUUUGUGGAAACAAAUCCUAAGCCUAAGAAAACAACUCUCCACGUAGCAGAAACAACAUCGUCAACCCAUCACAGGUGUCAGUGCUGUGAUCAAGCUCAUUUUCUCGGGAACUGCAGUAAAUUCAUUAAACUAUCGCCUCAGCAACGUUUAGAUCUCGUGAAAAUGCAUCGUCUGUGCUUAAAUUGUUUGAAAACAACAGCACAUAGUUGCCAAAAUUGUCCAUCAGGAACCUGUCGAAAGUGCAACCGCAAACAUAACACACUGCUCCAUUUACCGCCGCUUGUACCUGUAGUAGAUCAACUGAUUACACCAAAUAAUUAUCGAAAAAAUCAAUCGUUUCAAAUUCCAACCAGCCAAACCGAACCUGGUCCUUCUCGAUUAUCGCACUCAUCACCAUUAAACACACUCACCUUUCGCGCUGAUCAAAUUCCGUCAGCUCAUCUCGCAAAUUCAUCGUCAGAUUUGGAACCUACCUCAAACCCACCUGAUGCGUUAACAACACACGUGGAAUCCCACAACAAAACAGUUCUUUUAUGGACAGCUUUAGUCGACUUCAAAAAUCAGAACGGAACGCGUUUUCAAGCGCGAAUACUUCUCGACAGUGGAUCGCAGUGCAAUUUUAUAACAGAAGCAUUGCGGUACAAACUCAAUCUCGAUCGUAUUCACACAACCACAGACGUGGCAGGAAUUGGUUCUACAAUCGCAAAAGUGAAUUACUCUGCAACAGCGGUUAUCUCGUCUCGUUUCUCGGCUUUUCAAAAGCGGCUCUCGUUCCUCGUAUUGCCAUCAAUAACUAGAAUGCUGCCUUCGAGCUCCGUGGAUGUCACUGAGUGGAACAUUCCUGUUCAAAUUCGUCUAGCUGAUCCUACAUUCAACGUGCCCGGUCCCAUCGAUGCCAUCGUAGGAAAUGAAUGUUUUGCAGAUCUCCUACGUUAUGGCAAAAUCAGUCUCGGAAGCAAUCUUCCUAUACUCCAAAAAACAGUAUUUGGGUGGAUCGUUUCGGGCAAAUGCACAGAAGUGCUUCAACGUGUGCCUCAUCAUUCGUUUCAUUUAAGUCGUCUCGAUAACCUAGAUUUCUUAGUACAGAAAAUGUGGGAAUUAGAAUCCUGUUCUUCUAAUGACAACUGGUCUCCGAUGGAACGUGAGUGUGAACGCCACUUCCAGGAAAACAUUUCACGCAAUUCUCAUGGCAGGUAUGUCGUGAAAUUACCGAAGAAAAUCGAAUUGAUCUCACAGAUUCGAGACAAUCGAAUCACCGCUCAACGCCGUUUUUUAUCGAUAGAACGCAAGUUCGAAUCGAAUGAGGAACUUAAACGUCAAUAUCAUGAUUUCAUUGAAGAAUAUAUAGCGAUGGGACAUAUGAGAGAGGUGUCAUCCACGGAAAUAAUACAAUCACCACAAUAUUUCUUGCCGCAUCACGCAAUUUUGCGGCCCGAAAGUUCUACAACAAAAUUACGCGUCGUUUUUGACGCGUCAUCAAAAUCCCAAUCCGGAAUCUCGCUGAAUGACGUGCUUCUAAGUGGUCCGACAAUCCAGGAUUCGCUGAUUUCCAUAAUUAUGCGUUAUCGUAUGCACGCGUUCGUAGUUAGCGCUGAUAUUGCCAAGAUGUACAGGCAGAUAUUGGUUCAUCCGACGGAUCAACCGUUGCAGAGAAUUUAUUGGCGUGACACACGAGAUUCUCCGCUCCGAAUUUACCAACUUCAAACUCUCACUUAUGGGACAAAUAGCGCCUCAUUUCUCGCCACGAGAGUCCUACAGCAACUUUCACAUGAUGAAGGGGCAAAGUUUCCCCUUGCUGUUCCCGUACUCCAGAAAGAUUUUUAUAUGGACGACAUGCUCACCGGCUCCCACGAUAUCAGUAAAUUGAAAGAAAUCUGCACCCAAGUAGUUGGCGUUCUUGAAACAGCGGGACUUCCGCUUCGGAAAUUCUCAUCGAAUUCUCAGGAAAUAUUGAACAUGUUUCCCGAUCAACUUAAAGAAACUAAAACUCUAUUAGAAUUCGAUACACAUUCUCAAAUAAAAAUUUUGGGACUUCUUUGGGAACCGCACACUGACGUGAUCAAAUAUAAAGUGCCAAGGUGGGCUCCAAUUCAAUCGUACACGAAACGAUCUAUUUUGUCUCAAAUGUCCAGCUUAUUUGACCCACUUGGUAUGCUCGGUCCAGUAAUUGUCAAGGCUAAGAUGUUCAUCCAAAUGUUAUGGAAAGAAGAGUUCUCUUGGGAUCAGCCUCUGCCCAAUGUUUAUUGUGAAAUUUGGAAAGAGUAUCAAUUACAAAUGCCAGAAUUGAAUAAAAUUUGUAUACCACGCUUCGUCCUCCCGUUUGAAAAGACCAAAAUUGUCGAACUGCAUGGUUUCUGCGAUGCAUCGGAGCAAGCAUACGGUGCUUGUUUGUACAUCCGUUCCCUUGAUUCGAAUGGGAUCGGAACAGUUCGCCUACUUGCAGCAAAGUCACGAAUAGCACCACUGGAAGUAAAAUCUAUCCCUCGGCUCGAGCUUUGCGCCGCACUUCUCCUCGUACAACUUUUGCAAACAGUAACGAGCAGUAUCGGUCAUAAGGAAGGUAAAAUAUUCUUGUGGACAGACUCAACCGUCGCCCUAUAUUGGAUCGCCGGCACUCCAUCGACGUGGAAAACUUUUGUGGCGAAUAGGGUGGCCGAAAUCCAGCGGCUUGCGAUAAAUGCUAUUUGGAGACACGUGCCAAGUCUCGAAAAUCCCGCGGACCUCAUCUCGAGAGGUGUCAAUGCAUCGUCUCUCGUCAAUAACUUAUUGUGGUGGAAUGGCCCCGAUUGGCUGGCGUCAACGGAUCAGCCGUGGCCUGAUAACAUCACACUAUCCUCUUGCCAUACGUUGUCGGAAGAAUGUGUCGAAAUCCGUAAAACCGCUUUACACAUUACAACUACGAGCUGUGAUAUCUUCGAACGUUAUUCCUCCUACACGAAACUACUACGUGUAGCAUCUCUCUGUCGACGUUUCGCUAAAAAUUCAACUCCAGGUUGUACACCUCGGUUUGGCCCAAUAUCGUCCACAGAAGUUCACCAAACAUUGCUGGCGCUCGUGCGAAUAGUGCAACAGGAGCACUUCGCUGUCGAAAUAGAUAGACUUGCGAAAGCAAAGCAAAUUCCUCGUUCAUCUCGCCUCCGCUUUCUCAAUCCGGAGCUCAGGGAUGGUCUCAUCCGAGUCGGUGGCCGGCUAAAAUAUGCGGCGGUUCCAGAAAAUCAUAAAAAUCCGCUUGUCCUGCCAGAAAAUCACCAAUUAACGUUGCUUAUCGCCAAUGCAGUACAUCGAAGAACUUUACACAGCGGUCCUCAACUCCUGUUAGCAGUUAUGCGCCACGAAUUUUGGCCGCUUAGUGGCAGAAACUUAGCAAGAAAGGUGGUGCAUAAUUGCGUUAUAUGCACGAAGGCUAAACCUCGCAACAUGGAGCAACUUAUGGGUCAGCUACCGUCGGAAAGAAUUAACCGCGCUUAUCCAUUUCAACACGUCGGGGUGGAUUUUGCAGGCCCAGUGUAUAUCAAACCAUCCAAUCGCAAGGGCGCUCUAGUCAAGGCAUAUGUGGCAGUCUUCGUAUGCCUCACCGUCAAAGCAACACACCUUGAACUGGUCACCGAUCUCACUUCUGCCGCAUUCAUUGCGGCCCUACGUCGAUUCAUUGCACGCCGUGGGCUUCCGAGCGCAAUAUAUUGUGACAACGCUACUAAUUUCACAGCCGCUCAAAGGGAGCUCAAGGAACUUCGCCAGUUGUUAUUGUCGCAACAUCAUAAGAACGCCAUACAUCUCGAAGCAGCUAGUCUGAAAAUUGAAUUUCACUUCAUCCCUCCCCGCGCACCAACUUUCGGUGGCCUUUGGGAAGCGUGUGUGAAAUCAUUCAAACACCACAUGAGAAGAAUCGUCGGCAACAGCCUACUGUCCGUAGAAGCGUUCACAACAGUUUUGGCACAAAUCGAAGCCUGCCUAAAUUCUCGACCGAUAACCCCACUGUCGCCCGACCCGAGAGACCUACAGGCAUUAACCCCAGGACAUUUCCUUAUUGGACGUCCUCUGCUGGCUGUGCCUGAGCCAGAUCUCGCUGAAAUACCCGAGAACCGGCUAGAUUUAUGGCAGAAGAUCCAAUCGAUGGUACAGCACUUUUGGAAGCGAUGGCAAAAUGAAUAUUUGUCCACUUUGCAAUUACGUUACAAAUGGACGACAUCAAAUCAAAAUCUUCUUGUUGGUGCCAUCGUGCUAAUCCGCGAAGAAAAUCUACCUGUAGGAAAAUGGUCUAUGGGAAGAGUAGUGGAAAUCCAUCCAGGCGAAGACGGUCUCGUUCGAGUCGCUACAGUCAAACUACCGAACAAUCAGAAGCCGAUGAAGCGGCCUAUCACCAAGCUAUGCCUUCUCCCGAUUCCGGUGGAUGCAGCUGUCAUCGAAGGAAGUUCGUCGCCUUCCCGUUGUGAUGGUGAAAAUUGA